AUGUCGGCAUUCCAACACAGAAAUCAGAGAAUGGCUGAAGACCAGUCUGUGGUUGGAAGAAGACGUAUUUAUUAUGACCAACAUGGCAGUGAAGCGCUAAUCUGUAGUGACAGUGAGGAAGAUAAUGUAGAACCUGAGGAGGAGAAACAUGAAUUUACUGACGCUGAAGAUCGUAUUAUAUGGAUGGCCUUUCAGGAGCAUGGGCUAGGUGAGGAAGUAGUUAAUCUUGUCGGCCAGUUCACUGGGGUAGCCACUUCAGAAAUACAGGAGAGAUACAACAUUUUAAAGGAGAAAUUUAAUGACAAAAAUUUAAAAGAUUCUGCGGAUUCUGGAUAUGAAAUGGGCAUAUCUCUGGACAAGACCCUUAGUGCUGCUUUGGAUUCUUUUGAUAACCUUUUUUGUCGUCGUUGCUUGUUAUUUGACUGCCGUCUUCAUGGAUGUUCCCAAACUUUAAUUGAUCCUUGUGAAAAGCAGUCAUAUUGGUCUGAAUAUGAAGAUGAUAGGAAACCUUGCAGUGAUCAUUGUUACCUCCAGGUUGCAGUGCCCCCUGAUGCUGAAGAGCCAGGUACUGAUAACGAUACAGACCUCAUUCUAGAUGGAAGAAGUAAUUCUGAAAAAGUUUCAUCUGUUACUUCAGAGGCUGUUCAUAGCUCAGUAGUUGUGUUGAAUGAAUUGAUACAAGUUUCUGAUGAUCUUCAGAAUUCUUCAAGUAAAAAGCAAAAGAAACUAUUGCCUCUGGAUGUAAUUACUGCAUCCAGUGAUGCUAUAGCUAGCAUGGAUGUGGACAGUGGUUGUCAUAUUGGUGCUUCCAGUGAAGGCGAUCUUCAAAUGAUCACCAAAGAUUCACAAAGUGAAUCAAUUGAAUGUGGGUCAGAGAAAUUUGCUAGUUCCAGUAGUGCUCUGCAUGAUAAGAUCGAGCUGAAUAUUAGGGGUGAAGCCAAAGAUGUCAAGAAUGAGCCUGAAUUGAAGCAGGCAUCUUCGAAAGUAGAUGUAUCUGAAGGAGUUUUCAGCAGCUCUGAGUGGAAACCUAUCGAGAAGGAACUGUAUUUGAAGGGAGUGGAGAUAUUUGGUAGAAACAGUUGCCUUAUAGCCAGGAACUUGCUUUCUGGGUUGAAGACUUGCAUAGAAGUAUCAAGUUAUAUGCGUGAAGGUGGUUCAUCAAUGCCUCACAAAUCAGUUGCAGCAAGCUCAUUUUUGGAAGAAAAUCGGAAAGCUGAUUCAGAUUGUACAGAGCAAGAGAUGCCAACAAGACCAAGAUUACUUCGUAGAAGGGGCAGAACACGGAAGCUUAAAUAUUCUUGGAAAUCUGCUGGUCAUCCAUCAAUUUGGAAAAGAAUUGCAGAUGGUAAAAAUCAGUCUUGUAAGCAAUAUACACCUUGUGGAUGCCAAUCUAUGUGUGGAAAGCAAUGCCCUUGCUUGCAUAACGGAACUUGCUGUGAGAAAUAUUGCGGGUGCUCAAAGAGUUGCAAAAAUCGGUUUAGGGGAUGCCACUGUGCAAAGAGUCAAUGCAGAAGCAGGCAAUGCCCAUGUUUUGCUGCUGGACGUGAAUGUGACCCAGAUGUUUGUCGGAAUUGCUGGGUUAGUUGUGGAGAUGGUUCAUUGGGUGAGCCACUGAAACGAGGUGACGGUCAAUGUGGAAACAUGAGGCUCCUACUAAGGCAACAACAGAGGAUUCUCUUGGCAAAGUCUGAUGUUGCUGGAUGGGGAGCCUUUCUAAAGAAUUCGGUCAACAAAAAUGAUUAUCUUGGAGAAUAUACUGGUGAAUUGAUCUCCCAUCGAGAAGCAGACAAACGUGGGAAAAUUUAUGAUCGUGCAAAUUCAUCAUUCCUUUUUGACUUGAAUGAUCAGUUUGUCCUCGAUGCUUAUCGCAAAGGAGAUAAGCUUAAAUUUGCAAACCACUCAUCAAAUCCAAACUGCUAUGCCAAGGUGAUGCUGGUAGCUGGAGAUCAUCGCGUGGGCAUAUUUGCCAAGGAGCAUAUUGAAGCUAGUGAGGAACUUUUUUAUGACUAUCGUUAUGGGCCAGACCAAGCCCCUGUGUGGGCUCGGAAACCUGAGGGUUCGAAGCGAGAUGAUUCAUCUGUGUCCCAAGGCAGAGCCAAGAAACAUCAGUCACAUUGAUGCACAUGCACAAUGUACAUUUGGAUCAUUUUCCAAUAAUGCCAUUUCACCUAUUUGCAAGAACUGCGUCUUCAUGAACAAUAAUAUACAUGUUAAAAUAUACAUGUCGGCAUUAAUGUAUGUAGAUGCCCAAUUUGCCUUAUAGAUUAUGUGGGUCAAACAAUAAAAUAGAUUGGGUAACAAGUCAAAACAUAUUUGUAGUCUGGAAAAUUUUCUAGCCGUACUUUACAAUACAAUAGGCAAUCAUUAUAGACAUUGAACAAUGUUGUUGGGAGAGGAGUCCAUGAUGUAUCAUUUUCAUAAUUUAAACUCUUUUUUUUUGAUGAUA